UCCGAAGCUCUUAGCCGCCGCAGUUCCAUCGAAACCCGUCGUCCGCCGUUGCCGAAUGACGUUGCUGGAAUCGCUGAACAAGUGAACAGAGGAGAGAGAAGAAAGAGAGUCUGAAAUUGGGGCCCACUUCGGACACGCGUCGCUUCCUUACGGCCCUUCCUAUAUGUUGCGUUGGCACAUUAGACGUAGGCUCGUAGCCAAUGUUUUCUCGCAUAAAUCGAGCUCGAGCGACACCGCCAAUGCUCGCGACGGAGCCGCGAGAGAGAUCGAGAGAGGAAAGAAGGAGCAGAAGAAGAUGGUGAGGAGGAAGCUGCAGCUGCUGCUGCUGCUGAAGCCCCUGGACGAUUACGCCGUCGCCGCCCAGUCCCACGGUCUCCCUCGCAUCGCCAACCCUCAGAUCCUACAUCAUCUGGACAGCAGGAGCAAGGUGCACCGCGAGGCCAUACGGUUCUGCCAGAACGUGCUGCGGCGGAAGCUCGUCGACUGGGAGCCCAUCUUGCGCGACAAUGUGUCCCAGCCGAUACGGAACGUGGACAUGGUCGUCACUGUUGGCGGCGACGGCACUCUGUUGCACGCCAGCCAUUUCGUGGACGACUCCAUUCCGCUUCUCGGCGUGAACUCCGAUCCUACGCAAGUUGCUGAGGUUGAAGAGUUUGGUAAUCAAUAUGAUGCAACGAGAAGCACCGGCUUCCUCUGUGCAGCAACUGUCGAUAAUUUCGAGCAAAUACUAGAUGACAUUCUUGAGGGUCAACUACAACCAUCUGAACUAUCGAGGAUAUCAAUCUGUGUGAACUCAGCACCGCUGUCAACAUAUGCUCUCAAUGAUGUACUAGUUGCACAUCAAUGUCCAGCAGCGGUCUCACGAUUCUCAUUCAGAAUCAAAAGGAAUGGCCAGUCAUGUUCCCCUGCAGUGAACUGCCGAUCAAGUGGUCUCAGAGUCUCGACUGCUGCUGGAUCAACGGCGGCAAUGCUCUCAGCCGGCGGAUACCAAAUGCCCAUUUUAUCUCGGGACCUUCAGUACAUGGUAAGAGAGCCUAUUUCACCCGGAGCAGCUUCUAAUCUGAUGCAUGGAUUUCUCAAUCCCGACCAGAACAUGGAAGUUGCAUGGUUUGGCAAAGAAGGUGUGAUAUACAUUGAUGGCUGUAACGUGUGUUACACAGUUAAGGAUGAGGACACACUUGAAAUAUCUUCUUCCAAGGCCCCGGUUCUAAAAGUCUACUUGCCUCCUCGUUUGUUAGAAAAGAGAGUACUUCCGAUUAGGCGGACUUCUGAUGCAGAGAAACUGAAAGUAUCUCGCCUGUAAAUAACACGUGAAUAGGUUGAUGUCUCUUGUACCUGUGUCUAGUUAUGCUCCCAAGUCAUGUGCCGCUGGAAGAGUGAUAUAUGGGUAGGGGACAGCUUCCCAGCUGUGGGCUGCUUAUUAAAAUGCUUUGUUGACAAGAGCUAGAACUAAAGAAGUUGAAAUUUUUUGAAGUUGAUUAUUAAUCACAGUUCCUAAUGUGCAUUCGGAUCUUACGAUGCUGGAGUAGUUUAUGCAGUUCUCAUGGUUUUCUAGUGCCUAUUCUAAGCAUUCAGAAAUGGUCAGCAUCGUUUGGACUCGUUACCUUUCAGGCCAUCUGUUGUUGUGAUGGCACCUGAUGGUCUUCCUUACUUGGAUAAGCAUAUGUUUGAA